GCUUCCACUUAUCUAGUAAUGAUUCUAAUCUCCUUCAACUGCCACUGCCUUCCGGUAUCGGCUGGUACCACAGUUCGGCGAAAAUGACUACAGCGGAGCGUUUGGUUCGCUCCUGGAUGGCAUCAGAGAAGGACUCCGAGGUCGAUGAGAGCGUUGCUGGAAUAUCAAGUGGUCAAUUAACUUUGUUGGAUAUUAUAAAGGCUCUUGGUGAAUUCUUAACAUCUGAGGAGGACCGCUUGCGGACGAAAGGCGUCGAGUUUCUCUCAUCUGUUCUUGGACGAUGUCCACACGAAAAGUUUAAUCGCCAGGCUAUUCGUGUGCUCACCACGUUUUAUUGCAGCAAGCUUGAAGAUCUUGAGACCAUCAUCCCUGCACUCAACGGUCUCUCUUACCUUGUCAAGUUUCCUAACAUACAGUCGGCCGAAGUGAAGGAUAUUCUCAAUGCUAUAUUCGCCAAUGUCAAAAUGAGAGCUCUUGUGCAGUCCACUCGCUUCUUCGUCUUUUCGAUCGUCGAUUCUCUGAUUGCUAGCCAUCGAGACACCCUCAAGGAAAUGGGAAGUGCUUUCCUUGCGGGAUAUGUGAACCUUGCAGUCGGAGAGAAAGACCCUCGAAAUCUCAUGUUGGCAUUUGCCAUUGCUCGAGUUGUGCUGGCAGAAUUCGACACUCUUGCUCAUACUGAGGAUUUCUUUGACAUAACAUUCUGCUACUUUCCCAUCACAUUCCGACCACCACCCGAUGAUCCUUAUGGCAUCAGUGCAGAUGAUCUGAAGCAGUCUCUUCGACUCUGUCUGUGCGCAACUCCAGCCUUCGGGCUCCUUGGAAUUCCAGUCUUUCUGGAAAAGCUUACUGCUGGAUCACCCUCAACCAAGCGAGAUACUCUACAUGCAAUGGAUAUCUGUCUUCCGGUCUACGGACCUGCUGUGACGCGCGAGUUGGGGAAGAAAAUUUGGAGCUCUCUGAAAAUCGAAAUUUUUCAACCAACUGAUCCCGAUACCGAACAUUCAGCCCUCAAUACACUGCAGGUCCUUCUUAGGACCAUGCAUGCUGAUAAAUCCCAAGACGCAGUAGGCGAGGACUCCAUCACAGGCCUCGCACGAGACAUGUGUAGCGAAUGCAUGCAGACGUUGAAGGAGCCUGAGAAAUCCCAAGCAAGAGCUGCAAUGAAGGUCAUAUGUGCCUUUGCCCGAGCUAAUGGACCACUUUCCGGUUUUGCAGUCUCGCAAGCUGCUGAGCUUCUCAUCAGAAAUUUCCAUGACCCAGACGAGGUAUCAAACCGGGCGUCAGUGGUUAUAUUACUCACAGAGUUGAUUGAAGCCUGCCGGGGUGAUGUUACGCAUGCCUCCGUUUCUCAGUCUUCUCAGUCAACAUUAUCUCCACUCGCUGCCUCAAAGGAUGCCCUCCUUGGGCUCCUCAUUGUCAGCUUAAAAGGACCUGCGACAUGCCUGCCAGCACUGCAUGGUCUAAAUGCACUUGUGCGCACUCCUAAAUUAGUAGCUGAUGAUGAGCUUGGGUACAUAGUGCUCGAGGUCAGCGAACUACUACGCAAGGAGCCUGAUGAAGUAGAAGACGUGACUAUGGACACCCUCGCACUUCUCUCUACCAUCGCUGGUAUUGCGCCGCACCAUCUGUCAUCGCAGACGCUCCCGAUCCUUUUUUCCUUCCUCCCAGAUGUUGCUCCAUCAAGGGAUGCCAUCACGCAGCGCGCAUCUUACUGGCGCGCCCUUUCGUCCCUCAGUGCCCUUUGUGUACAACCACAACUUUUUGAGAUAUUAGUUGUCAGGCUCAUCGCCAAACUUGAUCUCCUCUGUGAAAUCUUGCCAUCUAGGACAAUUGACCAGGAAAGUACAGCUGCGUAUGCCCAUGCUAUCCUCACGGCACUCGCAAAUACACUCGACGUCAAAGUCUCUUCGAAAGACGUAGAUCUACUGCCGCACAUGUUCAGAUUGUACUUGGAUGCUGCGCUAGCGAGCUCGGAGGUGGUGGCUAUCGCUGCAGAUCCAAGGCUGCUGCAAGUUGGGGCGAGGAUUAUCAGGCUUGUGAGUCAGACCUUGACUGUUGCGGGGCAAGAAAAGCUUGUUGCCGCUGUGUUUGCCGCCUACACGCAAGGUGACGUGAAGCUGAUUACUGGUGGUCUCUUAAACUCAGCCACACCAUUCGCACCUCUCCAUGUGAGUGCAACACUCACAUUCCCCUUAUGUACGAGGUAUGCCGCUUUUGAACCUGAAUUUCGGUGCUUUUGUCAAUGCCGCUUCAAGGUUCGGAUGCCUGUCGACAAUCUAUCCACUUUCCUCUCCGAACUGGUCGCGUGGAGUGAUAGCCCAUCCAGUACAAUAUUACAACGAGAAGCUGCAUCUCACGUUCUUGCAUCCAAUGUUAAUAAGCAUGUUGAUGAUGUAUCUGACUUUCUGACAUCCCAGCUGGAGGGUUACUCGUCAUCAGCCCUCAAAAACACAAGUAUCCCGGCAGAAGCACGCAAGAACGCAAUCAGUACCUGGAUAUCUAUCACAAGGGCGCUCCUUGUUCGCUCUCAUCCCUCUGCAAAUGCAUUCAUUAAUCACUUGUUCGAGCUUUUGGAUGACAACACAGUCGACUGGGAUGCGGCGCGAGCGAUCGGUUUGCUUGCAGGCGAGGAUGUCAUAUUGACGAAACGCAAUGAUGCUGUUCUUAAGAUUCUACACGUGCAGAAGUACUUCAAUGUAGUGAUGCCGCGGUUGUUAGAAGGAGCCAAGGGAUCACGAAGAGAGACAUCAUAUUUGGUUGCUUUGGCGUACCUCAUCAAUGCUGUACCGAAGGCAAUCUACGCUAGUCAGAUGCCCUCACUGAUGCCUAUUUUACUACGCGGACUCGACCUCGUUGACCCAUCCAUUCGUUCACACAUUAUUAACACGUUGUCUAACAAUAUCGAUGUUACAUCCGCUGAUAAGGACGCUGUCUCGAUGUAUGCGUCGACUCUCGUGCUUGCCAUGCUUAAAAAUUGCAUGUGUUCGGAAAUGCCUGAUCCUGGAGUACGCGUAGCGGCGCUCAAAUACCUGGCAUUGCUGCCAGGCACCGUGCGAUAUGAUUUACUGCAUCCUUACAAGACGCGUGUAUUGAAGGAAUUAGCAAAGGUUUUGGACGACCCUAAGCGUGCGGUGAGGAAAGAGGCAGUUGUUGCAAGGUACAAAUACAGUGGGUAGGGAUGAUAAUGCCUUGCAUGGGCACAUCAUGUGGUCGUCUAAAUACUCCUCAGUUAGAGCGAGGUUACCACCUUGAGGCAGCCUGACUGGUUAUGCAUUAUGUUGCAUGUGAUGUGAAACCUAAAUGGAUACUACUAGCAUGAGUGUGCACGUGUGUCGCUGAACUAUCCCAAAAGUAUCGCUCCUUA